AUGGGCACCCAAUUGGAUUCAGACAAGUCAGCAGAAACCAGCGAAUACAAAAUGGCCAUACUACAAAUAGGAUCUUUGCUGCUCGACAGACUGACCAAAGUUUGGCUCCACAACGACUUUAUAUUCCGCCAGUUUACCGUUGGGCGAAAGUUUCAGAAGUGCCUCAAACAAGUCCACUCUUUCGCCCAUAAUGUUAUAGUUGAGAGGAAACGACAACGAGCAUCUGGUAGAGACCCUACUGUCGUCGCAGAAGAUGUAUUCGGUCGUAAAAAGAGAUUGGCCAUGUUGGAUCUUUUAUUGGAGGCGGAAGAGAAAAAUGAAAUUGAUUUUGAAGGAAUAAUGGAUGAAGUUAAUACAUUUAUGUUUGAGGUUUGUUGA